CAAUUCAUUCCUAGUCUAAAUAGCCAAGGCCGGCCAGUUUCAACAAGGACAAAAAAAAAACAUAAUAAGUGAUUGAGGUUCAAGUGAUAUUUUCUUUCUUUAAGAAAAAGCAUAAAAAAAUAAAAGUUGAAAAGAAAGAAAUGGCAUUCACAGGAACCUUGGAUAAAUGCAAGGCUUGUGACAAGACCGUUUACUUCGUUGAUUUGUUAUCUGCAGAUGGAGCAACAUUCCAUAAAUCAUGCUUCAAAUGCAGCCACUGCAAAGGCACCCUUGUGAUGAGUAACUACUCCUCAAUGGAUGGAGUCCUGUACUGCAAAACUCAUUUUGAGCAACUCUUCAAGGAGUCUGGAAAUUUUAGCAAAAACUUUCAGACUUCUAGCAGCAGGGAGAACUCACUGACUAAGUCUUCAAACAAAUAUUCUUCCAUGUUCUCUGGAACUCAAGACAAAUGUCCCGCCUGCAGCAAAACUGUGUAUCCACUUGAAAAGGUGACUAUGGAGGGAGAGUCAUACCACAAGUCAUGUUUCAAGUGUUCUCAUGGAGGUUGUGCCCUGACACAUGCUACAUAUGCAGCCCUUAAUGGUGUCCUCUACUGCAAGCACCAUUUCACUCAGCUGUUCAUGGAGAAGGGAAAUUAUCAGCAUGUCCUCAAGGCUGGUCAGAAGAAGAAUCAAGCGGCUCCUGCUGAUUCUGAUGCAGAACCAGAAUCAGAGGGGGAGGAAGCCCCCCCUGCACCCCAACCUGAGGAGGACCAUGAAAAGGCAGCAGAAGAAUAAAUAUAUAUAUAUAUAUAAUUUCAUGUUUAAUUUAAUGCUUUUUUUUUUCCCUCUCCUCUCUUCCCAUUUGCUUCUGUUGUAGCUUUUGUUCUCAUUCCAUUGUUUGGCACAGGGCGUAGUUUUGUUUUCCAGUUUGUACGUAUACAUUGUUUGAGAGGCCAUCUAUAUAAAUAUACUACAAUCUGAUGUUUCUGUUUUUC